AUGGCUGGGCCUCGCCUUUCGGAGCGGAGGCCAUGGGCCCUCCUAGCGCCGGAGCUCGUGGAGCACAUCGUUAGCUUUCUUCCGCCAAACUUUGUGGCGGGCACCGUUCGACUCAUCAACAAAGACCUGGCUGAGCAGCUUAAGGCCUACAUAGGCAUUCGGUUAUCGGAGCCCUCGCCGCAUCAUGCGUUCGCUUGGCAAUGGAGCCGCCCUGAUGAGAUACGCGCUCUAGCACUUAACCAGCGUCGACAGCUCCUUACCCUUACGGCACGGAGCGGCAGCUUGGCCAACCUACAAAUUGCCAUUAAAGUCGUCGGCUGCUCGCUAUUUAAAGACAUUUUCAACGCUGCAGCCGAGGGCGGCCACGUGGAGGUGUGCCGGUGGCUGGCAGCCGUGGAAUGCCCUUAUGAUUCCAGAGAAUUAUGCGAGGCAGGUGCGCGCAGCGGCCACGUCGAAAUGUUGCGCUGGCUGCUACAAGCGUUGCUGCCGGGGAUCGAGCCCAGAUCGGCAGAGUUCAGCAACGCGUUGUGGUCCGCAGCAGCCGCAGCCGGCCACAGUGCUCUGUGCGAGGAGCUCUCGGGCGUUUCCAUUCUCCCCGACUGGCGCGCCGUCGCACACGCCGCCUGGUCCGGUCACGUAGAUCUCACGUUUUGGCUGUUAGAGCGAUUCUGGUCUGAUCCAGUUCUGAUGCCUGACGAACGAAAGCUUACGAUUUUAGCAGCGGCCGCGCACGGAUUCGAUCUGGCGACCUUGAAAAGGCUCCAUCAUGUCUUAGUGGUUGCCGCAGCGGCCACCGCUGCAACCUCCACGCCUCCAAACCGGAAAGGCCUUUCCUGGGAGCUCGAAUGGGUCGCCAUUCCAUCUGCCCUUACCGGCUCCAGCAGCGAUUGGCGAGACAAGAUUGAAUGGCUAGGGACGCAGGGCUGUAUUCUGGACAAUCCACUAAGCAUUAAACACCUAGAAGGCCAAGUAGAGGAGCUGGUAGCUCGCCCGGACUGCGUCACUCGCUUGCAGUGGCUGCCUGAACGGACUCUGCGGAGGGAGCGUGGGCUGGUAGCGGAGCUUUUUCUGGCAGCAGUCCGCCGCGCCAACAUGCCUCUGCUCCGGUAUCUUCGGCAAGGCCGGCCCUGGCUGCCACGGCGGCUCCCCGCCGCGCUCUGCGAAGCGGCCCGUGCCGGAAACGUGGCUGUUCUGGGGACGCUCUUGGCGCUGGGCUGGUAUCUUGUCAAUGGCGAACACUCCAUCAUUACGGACGUGGCGAAAGAAGCGGCAGCGAAGGGGCACUUGCACGUGCUGCAGUGGCUAGCAGAGCACCACCCAAAGGCGUUCCGGGUGACGUAUCUGGGCGGUGUGCUGAUCGAGGCGGCGAAUUCGGGCAGCGUGGAGACGGUGGAGUGGGUAUUGCAGGAGCGGGAGCGGCUGCAGGAGGCGCGCAAGAUGCAGCAAAAGCUAAGGAUGCAGACGCCCCCACCCUGUGGGUUCGCAUCUGCAGGAGGAAUGAUGAGCCUGGACCGCCGAUUGGAAACAGAGCGAGAAGGUAGAGAAGGAGGAGGAGGAGGAGGCGAGGGGGGCGGAGAUGAUGGCGGCAGGAAUGGAGGAGCAGGCUGUAGCAAUUACUAUGGCGGCCGCGGAGGACAUGGAGGGGGAGGAGGAGGAGGAGGAGGUAGUAGUAGUAGUAGUAGUAGCAGUGGAGAUGGGGGAGAAGCUGCCUACCUCUUUCUCCGUUCUAUAUGUGAUAUUUUGGAGGGAACGUCAGAACUGGAAGAGUGGCGGCGACGUGAGAUCUUCUUGGUGGCCGUGCAAGUGGGCAAGCCGGCAUUCCUGGAGUGGCUGGCGAACAGAGGCUGGAAAACGGAGGAUAUGACACCCGAAGCGUUCGUCGUCGCGGCCCGGCAGGGCGACAUUCUCUCCCUGCGCUGCCUCCUGGGCCUGGGCUGUGAAUGGGACCUAGACGGCAAUAUCUUCCUUCGGGCGGUGCACGACAUCGUACAGUACGACGACCGGCUCGAUCGCAAGUAUUCGGGCAGUAGCUUAGAAGUCCUGCAAUGGUUCGCAUCCGAGGGCUAUCCGGUUGAUUGGUGGCAAGCUCUGCGCCGUGCCGAAGCUAGAUGCGCUGCCUUGAAGAAAAAAGAUUCACAAGAUGAGCCUAUUACAGCCGCUCCCUAUGCGAUUCGAUCCUGGAUCGUGGAACAAAUGGCGGUAAAUGGCACGUGGGGAGAAGGGGAGACGCGGCCUGACAAGGCCACCAGAUUUGCUGAACGAAUGGACGACGACGACGACGAUGACUGCUUUGGGAUGAAUCACGAUGACGACGAUGAUGAUGAGGAAAGCGGUGAGUGGAACGAGGAAGAAGAUAAUUACGAUUACUGGGGCAACGACACUGCUGAUGAGCAGGAGGAAGAAGAUAAUAUGGCGGCAGCCGUAGGGGGGUUUGGGGAGCCGGGGGGGUUUGGGCCCGGGUUUGGCCUCCAGCUGUUGGGGCGUGGACCGAGGGAGCUCGUUCCCAUGUGGGCUGCCUGA